UGAUGCCCAAAGACCCCAUUUUAAGAUGUGAUUUGACAGUAGGGAGAAGGGUUCUGUGCAACCUCAGGCAAGUAUGUAAGGUAAGAUGGAUGGAUCUGGUAAAAUAAUCUUAGGAGGGAAAAAUACUAACGAAAUUGUUCUUCAAUGAAAACAUGCAUAAAAGUUGGAAUCUGAACGUUAACUCUGCAACAUUUAUGCAAAUCAUAUCUGAAGAAAGAAUCCUGCUGUCUCAUAGAACUAAUCUGUCCUCUUCCACCAUCACUCAACCUCCAGCUGCAGAUAAGAUGGAUUUCCAGAAAAAGAAUGGCACAAGAAUCAACGAAUUCCUGUUGGCAGCCAUUUCUCCCACAUGGCAAUCCCAAGUUGCUCUUUUUGUGGUCUUUCUCCUAGUCUAUGCAACCACCAUCGUGGGAAACACCCUCAUAAUACUAACAGUGGGGUCUGCUCCCCAAUUACGCACCCCCAUGUACUUCCUGUUAGGAAAUCUGUCCUUCCUGGAUCUUUGCUACUCCACUGUCACAGCUCCUAAAAUGCUGAUAGACUUUUUGGUGGAGAAGAGAAGCAUCUCCUUUGAUGCCUGCAUGGCCCAGCUCUUUUUUCUCCACUUUGUAGGUGCUGCGGAGAUGUUUCUCCUCACCGUCAUGGCCUAUGACAGGUAUGUGGCCAUUUGCAAGCCUUUGCAUUAUCCUAGUAUCAUGAAUAGGCAGCUCUGUAGUUGCCUUGUAGCAGCCUCCUGGAUGGGUGGUUUAAUUCAUUCUACGGUCCAGACCAUCCUCACCAUGAGGUUGCCCUUCUGUGGGCCCAACUGGGUGGACAAUUUCUUCUGUGAUGUGCCACCUGUCAUUAAACUGGCUUGCACCAACACAUAUGUCAUCGAGCUCCUCAUGGUCUCCAACAGUGGCCUUAUCUCCACUGGCUGUUUUAUCAUCUUGUUGACCUCCUACACCACCAUCCUGAUGAAGAUACGUUCUCCUGAUGGGCGCCGCAAAGCUCUCAGUGUCUGCGCUUCCCACCUAACCGUGGUGACCUUGUUCUUUGGACCUUGCAUCUUCAUCUACGCUCGUCCUUUCUCCACUUUCUCAGUGGACAAACUGGUCUCCCUCCUUUACAAUAUUAUUACUCCUAUGUUGAAUCCCUUGAUCUACACUUUGAGAAACAAAGAUGUGAAGAUGGCCAUGAGCAAACUGAGAAGCAAGGAAAUGAUUGUUAACAGAGAUGGGAAAUAAGUGGGAAAAAUUCUUUCUCUUUCCUUACUUUACAUUAAUUUGUACAUUUUUCUCACUGAUGACUAUUGCAGCACCACGUGGUCCUGUGGAUCAAAAUUCAGAUGCUUGGCAGCUGACUCAUAUUUAUGAUUGUUGCAGUUUCCUGGGGUCAUGUGAUCACCUUCUGUGACCUUCUGACAAGCAAAAACAAUGGGGAAGCCGGAUUCACA